AUGGUCGCCAAGAUCUAUUUCGAUCCGCCCCUGUGGCUACAGAGGCAGUCGUGGGUCCUGGGCAAGCUGCGACAGGAGCGUUCCGACUCCGUCGUCGACGUCGGCUGCUCCAAUGGUGUGCUGCUCUCGGCGUUGAUGCAGCCUGCUUUUCAGCUCGACCAGUUCCCCGUCCAUCGCUUUCCUGCACUCGCCCUUCCCGACACAGCUACAGCAAAGGACAAGCACGUUACAGACGACGCGCCGCCCGAUGCCCUCCUCUCGAGUCGCCAUUGGAUUUACAGCCCUAACGACAUCGUGCUGUCCCGCCUGAUUGGUAUCGAUGUUGAGCGCAAGGUGCUUGACAAUGCCAAGUCGAGUCUCUCGCUUCACGGCCUCGCUCUCGACCGCAAUCGUCCGCGAUGGAAGUCGCUCGAUGUGCGCCUCUUCCAAGGUCCCGUCGAGACCGAAAACGAGACGCUCGACGACUACGACGCUUUCGUCGCUACCGAGAUCAUUGAGCAUCUCGAUGAAGCUGCGCUUGAGCAAUUUGCGCCGACUAUCUUUGGAAAGUAUCGCCCUCGCCUCGUCCUCGUCACCACCCCCAACUACUGCUUCAAUGACCACUUCGGCGAGGACCUCAGCACGCGGCCAGGCUUCCCCGACCCCACUGGACGCACCAACCGCGUAUUCCGUCACGACGACCACAAGUUCGAGUUCACUCCCGACGAGUUUCAGAAAUGGUGCGAGACCAUCGCCGACGACUUUGGCUAUCAAGUUCAGAUCCAAGGCAUCGGAUCUGGCAUCUACAGGAUCCCCAAAGAUCAGAUGGACCCGCCCGUUCCUCCUGAGCACGGCGCCAAGGUUUGGAAAGCAUCUCGACCUCGCACCACCUCCAACACCGACCGGAGGCUUCGCUUUGCUACUCAGAGCGCCUUUUUUGUCCGCCACUCCGCUACCACCAUAGCCGCCGGUCGUCAUCGAUCCCAGCCCGAGAGCGUCAACACCAGCGACUCGGCGCACCCUUUCUCCGAUCGAUACUUGCAGUCUCGUUCGGUACCAAGAGCGCCCGUCGAGACUCGCGUGCACGACAUUUUCGACGAGGCCAACAUCCGCGAGGGGGAGGAGAACGAAGAGGACGGAGACGAGCGCGGCAGGUCGGGUCGACGUGCACGCAGUCGACGCACCGAGAAUCUGCCCUUUCUCAGCAUCCCUUCGCCCCAGACGCCGAUCCUUGGUCCGUCUGCCCCGCUCGCCACGCCGAACACUACGGCAAAGGCACUGGCCGAAGCGUCCAUCGGCAGCGCUCCUCCAACUCCCUUCACAGGACACAAGCUGGUGUGGAGUCACCGGUACGACUGCUCACUCGCUUCGUCGCAGGUGGUGGAAGCAGGCAAGCGCAAGAUCCAGACCGGCAUCCCUCUGUCCGCCGACGACAUCCUCGUCACCGUCGUUGAGAAGCAGCGACAGCUCUACGUCCACUCUCAAUGGCACGGAGACGACGGCGCAUCGUCCGAAGCUGGCAUCGGCAAAGAGGCGGUGGCCAAGCUCUGGGACGUUUGGAGCGACGACACGGUCCGGGCCGCAUGUGCUGGUCGUGUCGCUGCUCUGCUAGAUGCGUUGCGGCUUGUGGCACCGGAGGCCGAGCCUGAAUUUGCGGGAUCCGCCACCGCAGCUGCCAGCGGUCUCACCGCCAGUGCCGACGAAACGACAGCCGAACGCCACACCACGGUCGUAGGAUCCGACGCCACGCACUGGGAGCUCCGCGUGCAAACCAUCCGUCACGAAAACGUCUCGGCCACCACCAGCUCGCAGGACUUUGUCGAAUCCGAUCUCUUCCUCGUCUACAUCCACCCGGACGUCGAGCAGUGGCAGGUGGCCAUCGACGAGGCGCGCAACUGGGUGCCGCACGACCUGGCGCGUCGCAACACCAGCAGCGCUGGAAAGGCGAGGCGCAGCAGCUCCUUAACGGGCAACGGCACCGGCGCGGAAGGUGUGAAGCCACUCAAGGACGCUGCUAGUCUGACCCCGACGUGGGAAUAG